AGAGUGCCAUCGCUAGCAUAAUUUCUAAUGUGUUUGUUAUUUUUUUUCGAAUGAUAAGCCGCAUUAGGGUAUUUUCGUAGUCAAUAUGGUGAAAGUAGGCAAGGCGCGUAGCAAGGAGCGUGCCGCGCGCAGCGAUAAUGAAGUACACUCAAACAGCAACGAUGACGACACCACAAACAAGUCCGCAAAAUCAAAGACCAUUAAGAAGCGUGGGGAUGCGGCAAGCCGGAAAAAGAGCAAAACGCGUAAGCAAAGAAGAACGCGCGAUAGCUCUAGCUCGAGCUCCUCAGACAGCAGCGGUAGCAGCAGUAGUAACAGUGGCAGCAGCAGCAGCAGUAGUAGCAGCGACUCUUCCAAAUCCUCCCAUGAAAAUAAACGCGCCAAAAAAUCUAAGCUGAGCAAAGACGCAAAGGAGAAACAGCCACAGCAGCAACAACAACAACAGCAACGAGAGCCCGUUACACUGGAGAAUAAAGUGCAAGAGCAGCGUUCCAAAUGGGAUAGUCCAGAGCGCCAUAGUUCCAGCAAAAACAUAAACAAGAGUCGCAAACGUAGUCGCAGUCGCGAUGGCGAGCGUGAGCGAGAGCGCGUGCGUGAAAGGGACAGAGAUAGGGAAAGAGAGCGAGAUAGGGAGCGGGAUAGAGAACGAGAUCGUGAGCGUGACAAUCAAAUGCGACGCGGUCGUGAGAGGGAACGGGAACGGGACAGAGAGCGAGGACGAGAUCGAGAGCGCAGCAAGGAUCGCCGCCAGCAGCCGCAGCAGCGUACGCGUAGUAAUGAGCGAAGGGGAGAACGACCACGUCGCUCGUCCGCCGAUGGACGUCGUCGCAGCAGGAGUCACAGUCGCAGUCGUAGUCCGAGGGAUCGUGGCUACAGAGGCGGCGCAGGUGGACCACGGCGACAGCAACAACGAUCACGCAAUGAUAAUCGCAAUCGCGACGACGAGCAUUUCGAAUGGGGCAAGCCGAGCGACAAGGACAAGCCGCCGGCAUCCAAUGAAGCCGAACCCAUUGAUAAGGAGAAACCCAAUUUUGGACUAAGCGGUGCCCUGACUGAAGAUACGAAUAAAGUGAACGGUGUUGUUGUUAAAUACUCAGAGCCACCCGAGGCACGUAAACCGAAGCGUCUGUGGCGUCUAUAUCCAUUCAAAGGAGAAACGGCGCUGCCCACAUUGCACAUACAUAGGCAGAGCUGUUUUCUGGUGGGACGCGAUCGCAAGGUAGUCGAUUUGGCUGUCGAUCAUCCCAGUUGCAGCAAGCAGCAUGCGGCUCUGCAAUAUCGCCUGGUGCCCUUCGAGCGCGACGACGGCAGCACAGGCAAACGGGUGCGCCUCUAUCUUAUUGACCUGGACUCAGCAAACGGCACGUUUCUCAACAAUAAGAAAAUCGAUUCACGCAAAUACUAUGAGCUAAUGGAAAAGGAUGUCAUCAAGUUUGGCUUUAGCUCGCGGGAAUAUGUGCUGUUGCACGAGAACAGCAAGGAGGACCAGGAGGAUGAUGAUGUGCAUAUCAAAGACGAGCCGCUAGAUUCAGCUGCCGAUCUGACGACUGCGCAAAUCUGAAAGAGAAGAGUUACUACAAUGAUUGCUUGCUGGCUCUCUCUCUCUCUCUCUCUCUCUCUCUCUCUCUGUCUAUGUCUGUGUCUGUCUUUAUAUGCACUCUAUUCUUAAACUAAGUUCGUUUGUAUACAAAACAAACUAAAAACUGAAACAACAUAUGUAUA